CUCGUGCAAAUGGACUUUUGAGAUUCCCCAAUUCCACUUUCUACUCGCCCAUGUCCACUUUGUCACUUUUGACUCUCCAUGUCUUGACUUGUUCCCUUUCCUCGGGCAAAACAACUGGUUUCCCCCUGUUUGAUUCCUAUUGUCUUGUUUAUUCUUUCAUCCCUAGAGGUACCCUACCACCACUUGCACCCCUCGAGGUCCCCUCUUCUCCUCUAUACAUCCAUCACCUCCAUUCUUCCUACCCAGGAGAAGAAUCAAGGACGGUAUCCAUUCGCUUCCAGUCGAGAGCCGAACGAGACGAGCGAGUCAAUUCCGAGCCGAAUCGCAAUUCCUCGCCCACCACCACCCUCGACCAUCCUCGACAAAACCCCCGUCCGAAUUAAAUUGUAGUCACUCGUUGUCGAUCGUUGCGACUCUCCGUCCACCAGACUCCCCCAUCAGACUCCAGUCCACCACACCCCAUGGGUCACUGUUAGGACUGAUUCGCUGUCGUCCCGUCAUCGUCGACCUACCUCACCAACCACGACAGCAAAGACAGCUACCCCGUGUCAGGCCGACCGCUCGAAUGCGCCAUUCUCCAACAUAGGAAAACCUGCUUUGACGCACACCAUCCGACACUCGCUUGCGACCCCUCCA